AAUGCACUGUAGAACGGAUGUGACAUCACGACGUGUUGACGCAGCUUUCGCUGUGGAGGCGACUGUUGUGCUUCCCUGGCAGUAGCUAAUAUUCGUAUAAUUCUUUUUUUUUUCAAUACUUUUUUUUCUAACGCAGUGCAAAUGACAGCGACACAUUUCAUGUAGUGUAAACCAUAGAAUAAUUGAUUCCAUGGAGGUCGUGGACAGCCCGCUGAAUCUCGCCCAUCAGCAGUGCAGGAAGGCAGACCGUUUGCUGGUGGCUGGAAAGUAUGAAGAGGCCAUCUCCUGUCAUGGAAAAGCAGCAGAUCUUUUGACAAAUGCAAUGAAGACAACAGAGUGUAAGCAGGCCUGUCUGUCCAUGGAGCUGCAGAGGGACAGUCACAUCAAACAGCAGCGACUGAUCCAAGAGCGCUGGAAGAGAGAGGCUCGUCGUGAGGCAACAAAGGCCCGACCGGGCCAGGUGCAGCCCUCUGGCAACCCAGCCCUCCCGACUCAGGCCCAGUCCACAGGCCAGCUCCAGCCCCGCGGUUCCCCGGGCCCCACGGCUGAAGAGGGUGUAGGAGUCCGGGAGAGGGAGUACGACACCUUGCUCUACCAACUUCAGACUCGGCAGACUGGCGGCUGCCAGCCUUUGACUCCACCAUGCACUGGAUCUAAGACCACCAAGGACGACAAAACUCGCCUGGAAGAACAACAGACCACAAUCGAUGACCUGCGGCGCCUGGUCGACCAACUAAUGAACGAGAACCAGCGGCUGGCGGGCGAGAACAAACGGCUACAAUCGGAAAACGCCCAGCUGCACUCCGAGGCAUGCGAGGCAGCGGACUUUGUGGAGCGCUCGGAGCUCUGGGUGCUCCCCCAGGCGGGUGGCGCCAUGGGAACGGGGGGUGGGCAGGAGAGGAAAAGCACAGGGAAGGGAAAGGAGAUCGCAAUCCCUCAGCUGCCCCCGCUGGAGAUGCCGGCUCAGGAAGAUCUGUGUCUGGAUGAUCUGCCUCCUCUGGAGCUGCCAGAGGACAUCCAGAAUGAACUACAGGAGCUACUGGACAGGGACAAACUGUGAUACAAGACAUGUGUCUCUCUCACACACACACACACACACACACACACACUCUCUCUGUUCAAGUUAAAGGUGGACAGAGCUAUCAUGGAAAUUCUAUGAGCCCCGAACUCUGCACUAAUAAGAAGAAUACAGGUGCAGGAAAACAACUAAUAAUCAGGCAGAUGAAGUGAUAACCCCCAUAUUACUAAUACAAUGCAAUGGAAGAUAAUGGAGUAGUUCAGCCACAAUGUCAGAUGGGAAAUGGUGAGAUUGUGUGUCAGACAGUGAUGGAUGACAAGAUGGAUGUUGAGGGUUUUUUUUUUCUUAAACUACACACAACAUAUUUGACAUUGUGUCUGGUAAUAGCCGUUAAAUAACUCUGAACAACUUAGGCAGCAUAAUUUCAGUGUUCCCAGAGCUAAAUUAUAGAGCUCUUUAUAAGUCAAUCAUUUACAUAAUAUUUUGUACUUGUCAGCACAGUAAAUAAACAACAUUACCUUGUUUAAUUAU